GCAGAGGGUUCUGGAACCAGCUGCUGUUGCCUUUCAGGAGCCAUCGGCCGGCACACUCCCAUCAGCCUGCACAUUUCUGCACACUUACAAGAUAUCUGACUAUUUGGAUUCCAGUUUUAAGACCUGCACGUCCUCGCCUUGGUGUGAAUGAACUCUCACAGGCCUGUCCUCAUCAUUCCAUUAUCAGAAAACAAAUUGAGGCCUCUGACUCUCCCGGGUGCUAGGAACCCAGUGGCAGAGAGGCACACACCGAUGAAGAACGAAGGGGACGCUGGCCACUGACUUGCUGCAGAGGGCGCGCCAGCAGCACCGUGCGGCUGGACCUGCAUCGCUUCCCGCUGAUGCUGCUGCUCUCCUCUGCUCAGCGCUCCUGCUAACAUGGGCUGCAUGAAAUCAAAGCAGACGUUCCCGUUUCCUACCAACUUUGGGACUGAGAGGCAAGGUGGGAGUGAAGAAAGCUUUAUGCGAGAAGAGAGGCUACGUAGGUUGUCUUCUCCACGUAAAGCCCAAGGGGACAUGAAGGCACCCCCAGGGGUCAGCACUGCAGUCACGGAGUAUGCAGACCGCCUAUCCCGGGAGAUCCUGCACGACGCCUUGCAGCAGUGGGCGUGCAACCACAUCAAGUACUGCGACAUCCCCUACAUUGAGAGUGAGGGCCCGUGACCCUGCGGGAUGUGGCACUUUGCUGAACUGUGGAUAGACUUGGUGCUAGUAUAAAUACAUGAGCCAAAAGCAAAA